AUCACAUGGCUUGAAGCAAAAGAAAAGUUCCCGAGCUGCUCUAUAAACCCUUCUCCAACGACGCAACAAGAGCAGCAGCGAAGCAAGAAGAAGAAAAAUGUUCAGGAAUCAGUACGACACGGACGUGACGACAUGGAGCCCAACGGGCCGUCUCUUCCAAGUGGAAUACGCCAUGGAAGCAGUGAAGCAAGGCUCCGCGGCGAUCGGACUCAGAUCUCGCUCCCACGUCGUCCUCGCCUGCGUCAACAAGGCCCAAUCCGAGCUCUCCUCUCACCAGAAGAAGAUCUUCAAAGUCGAUGACCAUAUCGGCGUCGCAAUCGCCGGUCUCACCGCCGACGGCCGUGUUCUCUCUCGUUACAUGAGAUCGGAGGCUAUCAAUCACUCCUUCACCUAUGAGUCUCCGCUCCCCGUCGGACGUCUCGUCGUUCAUCUCGCUGAUAAGGCCCAGGUCUGUACCCAGCGAUCAUGGAAACGUCCAUAUGGCGUGGGUUUGUUGGUAGGUGGAUUGGAUGAGUCCGGAGCCCAUCUUUACUACAACUGCCCAAGCGGAAACUACUUCGAGUAUCAAGCUUUUGCUAUCGGGUCCCGUUCUCAAGCCGCAAAGACUUAUCUGGAGCGUAGGUUUGAGAGCUUUGGGGAUUCUUCAAAAGAAGAUCUGAUCAAAGAUGCUAUUCUGGCUGUGAGGGAGACAUUGCAAGGAGAAACACUGAAGAGUUCUCUCUGCACGGUCUCUGUCCUAGGUGUCGGUGAGCCGUUCCACUUCUUGGACCAGGAAACUAUCCAGAAAGUGAUUGACACAUUUGAGAAAGUACCUGAAGAAGAGGAAGGUGAGGCUGGUGAGGGUGAGGCUGAAGCUGCACCAGCGGAGCAGGGUGGUGAUGGUGGUGGUGCAGGUGACCAAGACGUGGCUCCGAUGGAAAUGUGAGGCCUUUGUGUGGAACGCUGUGAACUGUUUUAAUUAAAUGUUUGUCGAAUUUACUUUGGAUAAUUUCAUAUGAAUCAUUUGCAAGUCGCAGCGGUUUUAGAUUAUAUGCUCGAAAUCCUCGUGGGGUUGAAAUCAUUUGGUCAUUUUAAUUUCAUAGCUACCCUUGAGACUCUGUUUUUUCAUCAUUUGAUUUAAAUCUGUUCACGACUUCA